CUAGUUUCAAACAUAACUUCUCCAGGGGCCGUGUUCGCGCUUCGCUGCUGACAGAUCGGCUCAGCUGGCGAUCGGAGUUCUGUGACGCGCCCUUUACGCUACAUUAUUUCACCCAUUUUGUUCGGCAAUUAUUGUCUUUUGACCCCAGAAAUAAGCUUGCACCACAACGGACAUACUAGCCAUCCCUGUAGCCUUCCACAGAGUAUGACGACCAUCUGAGAAAAGAUUGCCUUCUCCAUAUUUGCAAUAUCUUGAAUGCAUGAAUGCCAUGCGCUUAACGCUGGACUGCUCCCUAGGUUCGCAGUUCAUGCCGGGAUGCAGCUCUAGGCGGCAGCCGAGCGCUGUUUCAAGCCCAUCUGUGCUGCUACAUGUCCAGCGAUGCGGUCUGCUGGGAAACAGUGGUCAUAUCCGGUACUUCGGGCCUAUGGGCUCGGGUCCUAGAACCAUCGGCCUUGACAGCCCCACCACGACCAUACGUAGCGCUGCCCGGGACCAGCGGCAGCUGUACGAGGUGGAGGGGCGUGGCACGGUGCCGUUUGACCACUACAAGGAGGGUUCCCGCCACGCACGUCGUAUGACCUUCACCUUUGAUGACUGGAAGCGGCAUCGCAGCAGUAACCGGUACCUAUACCACUUGAAGACCUUGACGGAGUCGGGUAUUGUUCGCGGCAUCUGGGCGCCGGUGGCAUGGGUGACGUUGUUCACAGCAGUGGUGGCCACACUCAAUGUUGCGCACGGCGCGGCCAUGCUGCCGCCGUGGGUACCGGCCAUGCCGCAGAUCGCCAUCGAGCCGGUGCAGCUCACGUCAAUCGCGCUAUCCCUGCUGCUGGUGUUCCGCACCAAUGCCAGCUACAGCCGCUGGGAUGAGGGUCGGCGCAGCUUUGGCUCCAUCACCACCGUCAGCAGGGACAUCGCGAGGCAGGCGUUCGCCUGGUUCCGCCCCGACGACUAUGAGAGCCGGGUGCGGGUGGGCCGGUGGCUGGUGGCACUGGGGCGGUCCACCAUGGUGCAUUUGCGGGAGGAGCACGACAUGGAGGACGAGCUGCGGGAGGUGCUCAAGCCCGCGGAGGUGCAGGCAGUGGUCAGCGCCGUGCACGCACCCAGCUUCUGCCUGCAGAUGAUCACGCUCAUCAUCCGGACGGCGGGCCUGCCGCAGGAGCUGGUCAUCCGCAUGGACGAGAACGUGUCGCGGCUGACGGACGCCGUGUCGGCCUGCGAGCGCAUCCUCAACACACCCAUCCCGCUCAGCUACACGCGGCACACCGCGCGCUUCCUCAUGGCGUGGCUGGCGUGCCUGCCUUUCUGCCUGUGGACCUACUGCGGCCCCGCCAUGGUGCCGAUUGCGGCGUUGGUGGCGUUCGUGCUGUUGGGCAUUGAGGAGAUCGGCGUGUACAUCGAGGAGCCGUUCAGCAUCCUGGCGCUGGAGAAGCUGGUCAACAAGCUGGAGAACAUCGUGAACGCCAUGCUGCGAGACUCGCAGGAGUUGGACCGCCUAGUCAAGGUGGGCUCUCCCACCGCCUCACCCCGACCCGAGCCGGCCAGCACCAACAGCAAUAACGCGGUCACGGAUACUGCGUUUGGGCUCGGCGCGGCAGGCGGCUUUUCGCCUGCUGUGGCGGGUGCCAUGUGAAGAGUGCAGCUGAAGCGCCGUCAAGGCGGGCGAGGGCAAUAAAUGGUCAGUUUGCAUGACGGGAAGAGCCUGUGUGUAAUGUGUGAAUUGGCGUCGGCACAAACAAAGCAUAACACCGUUGACACGGCCUCUGAAGAAUUCCUCCAUCAGGGAUUGGGAUCCGUAUUGCAACCGUAGCAUGCUGGCGCAUAUCAUAUAAUGUUGUUCUUGACUGUGCGCCGCAUGGUGGUGCGGCAUCUGAAACUAGAGGGUUGUUAUUCAUUGAGUCAUGCAUGCUCGCCGCGGAUGCAUUUGUGGUGGUGUACUCAACCCGUAGCGGGAUCUUGAAUAGUAGCAUAACCGAAACCUGCCUCAAACAAUGGUUUAUCUGUCGUGAGUGCAUGUGUUUGUUUGUAUGGUUAUGUAUGCGCUCGUCAGCUUGUGCGAAGGGAUUGUGAUGUGGCUGAGUAGGAAGGUUCCGCGGCCUUGACCGGCGUAGAUGUAUCUUCCGUGGGUAGGAUGGGCGAGAGACACUUGCAUGGACCGUGUCAGUUGAGCCUAGAAACCCAUUGCGCUGUAGUUUGAAUGUUUCGCAUGGGUGCUGGGUCGCGUGUUAUCUGCAGCUGAGAAAUAGCUAGGCAGCAGAUGGGUACCGUUACUGCACAGCGUGCUGCAUUGCGGCAGAGUUGUGGUGGUGCUGCUGGACUCAACCGCAGCAGCUACUGCAGGCGGCGGGCUGCAUGUUGUAUUCUGGUAAGCGGCAUGCAAGGUGGGGAGCAGGCAAGGCCACAAGGAGGAGAGCGCAGUGAUGCAUGUUCAGACCGGCCGGUACAGGCCGGUAUCUGGUUGGGGGUUUGCAGGAGAGCACCGCGUUUGGUAGGCACUGGGAACGUUUUGGCGCUAGCCCUCUCACACCGUCCUGAGUGGCCGUCUGUUCUAGGCGCAAACUCAACACAUUGCUUCGGCGUGUGGGGACGCCGCGUUGGCGAGAGCCACGGAUGGCCCUAACACCGUGGAGGCAUGUCACACCCGUGGAGGGCGCUGUAGCCGAUCCCGAAGAUGG